CCCUGCCGUCCCUCUCCCAGUGACUUCCGGUCGGCGGCGCUGGGCGGGGGGUGCGGAGCCGCCCGCUCCCCUCCCCCCGGCACCGAGACCCCCGCCCCGCCGCCCCGGCGCAGAGACCCCCCGGCCUCCCCCGCGCCGGCAGCCCCCGGCCUCCCCCGCGCCGGGGGGCCUGUCACCCCCGGGCCCCCCGCGCCGCGGGCCCCCCCCGGGCCCCUCCGCACAGCCCUCCCCGCCCCCCCCCUCCACCAGCCCCCUGGGGUCCCCUCACCGCCCCCCCCCGGCCCCCGGGGACCCCCCCCACCACAGCCCCCCCCGGGUCCCUCCAUAGCCUUCCCCCCCCAUAGCACCCUCCCGUAAGGCCCCCCCGUAGCAGCCCCCCCCAUAGCGCAGGCCGCAGGCAGGGGCUCACACCGGCCCCAGUCAAAGAGCAGCCCCUCCGCCCCCUGCCAAGGCGAGGCGGGCUCCCCCCACCCCCAUCCCCUCACCACCCCCUUCCCCCCCCUUUAUCCCCCCAGCAGCCCCCCUGCACUGGGCUGAAGCCUCUGAGGAGCAGGCAAGGGUGCCCUUGUCCCCCCCCACCUCAUCGCUUCCCCCCUGCCCCACUGCAGGGGCUGGGGGAGCCUCAGGGGUGAGAAGAGGGGGAUUUCUCAUAGAGCCCCCCCCCUUCCUCCAGCAAAGAAGAGCUGGGUGGGGGGGAUUGCCAAGCCUGCAAAGGGGGCAAAGAGGGGGGGCUCCCCUCAGGCCAAGCCCCCUUGGAAAGGGGCUGCCCUCCCCACCUCCCCAGCCAUGGAGAUGCAGAAGGGGAAGGGGGGAACAGCAGGAGGAGGAGGAGGGAAGUUGCUGGUCUCCACUCUUCUGGAUGCCAAGGAUGAGUUGGAGGAGAGACUGGAAAGAUGCGUGGGCAUCGUGACUUCGCUGACCAACGGGCUCUCGGAAAGGGAAGCUAAUGAUGCCCUGAAUGCUCACAUAUGUAAAGGAACCCCCCAACAUGAGGAGAUUUGCCUGGGUCUUUUCACUCUGGUCUUGACUGAACCUGCCCAGGCACAGAAGUGCUACCGGGACUUGGCCCUGGUGAGCCGAGAUGGCAUGAACAUCGUUCUCAACAAGAUCAACCAGAUUCUCAUGGAGAAAUACUUGAAGCUGCAGGACACCUGUCGCACCCAGCUGGUGUGGCUGCUGCGGGAGCUGGUGAAGAGCGGGGUGCUCGGAGCCGAUGGUGUCUGCAUGACGUUCAUGAAGCAGAUUGCAGGCGGGGAUGUGACAGCAAAGAAUAUCUGGUUGGCUGAGAAUGUCCUUGAGAUACUGACCGAGCAAAGAGAAUGGGUACUGAAAAGCAGUAUCCUGAUAGCCAUGGCAGUGUACACCUAUCUGCGGCUCAUUGUGGACCAUCACGGCACAUCCCAGCUCCAGGUGCUUCGUCAAAAGGAAGUGGAUUUCUGCAUCUCCCUCCUCCGUGAACGGUUCAUGGACUGCUUCAUGAUUGGCCGGGACCUGGUGAGGCUCCUGCAAAACGUUGCCAGGAUACCCGAGUUCGAGCAGCUCUGGAAGGACAUCAUCCACAACCCGCAGGUCCUCAGCGCGCAGUUCACAGGUGUCCUGCAGCUCCUCCAGUCAAGGACUUCUCGCAAAUUCCUGGCCUGUCGCCUCACUCCGGACAUGGAAACCAAGCUCCUCUUCAUGACCUCACGGGUCCGGUUUGGCCAGCAGAAGCGGUACCAGGACUGGUUUCAGCGACAGUAUCUGUCCACCCCCGACAGCCAGUCGCUGCGCUGUGACCUCAUACGCUACAUCUGUGGUGUGGUGCACCCCUCCAACGAGGUGCUCAGCUCCGACAUCCUCCCGCGCUGGGCCAUCAUUGGGUGGCUGCUCACCACCUGCACGUCCAACGUUGCUGCUUCAAAUGCCAAACUUGCCCUAUUCUAUGACUGGCUCUUCUUCAACCCCGAGAAGGACAGCAUCAUGAAUAUAGAACCUGCCAUUCUUGUGAUGCAUCACUCCAUGAAGCCUCACCCUGCCAUCACCGCCACACUGCUGGAUUUCAUGUGUCGGAUUAUUCCCAACUUCUACCCCCCACUGGAGGCUCAUGUCCGGCAAGGCGUGUUCAAUUCUCUCACCCACAUUGUGGAGAAGCGAGUCCUUGCACAUCUGGCCCCUCUCUUCGACAACCCCAAGUUGGACAAAGAGCUCCGUGCCAUGCUGAGGGAGAAAUUCCCGGAGUUCUGCAGUUCGCCCUCACCCCCCAUCGAAGUCAAAAUUGAGGAGCCUGUUUCCAUGGAAAUGGACAAUCACAUGUCUGACAAGGAUGACAGUUGCUAUGACAAUGCAGAAGCUGCAUUUAGUGACGAUGAAGAGGACUUGAACAGCAAAGGGAAGAAGAGGGAGUUCAGGUUUCAUCCGAUCAAAGAAACCAUUGUGGAGGAGCCUGUUGAUAUCACACCAUUCCUGGACCAACUGGAUGAGUCACUGAAGGAUAAAGUCCUGCAGCUGCAGAAGGGAAGCGAUACGGAAGCUCAGUGUGAGGUCAUGCAGGAAAUCGUGGAUCAAGUCCUGGAGGAGGACUUUGACUCAGAGCAGUUAUCAGUGCUCGCAUCCUGCCUUCAAGAGCUAUUUAAGGCUCACUUCCGUGGUGAGGUUUUGCCAGAAGAAAUCACAGAGGAGUCUCUGGAGGAGUCAGUGGGGAAGCCACUCUACCUAAUAUUUAGGAAUCUCUGCCAGAUGCAAGAAGAUAAUAGUGGUUUCUCACUGCUGCUGGAUCUCCUAUCAGAACUCUAUCAGAAGCAACCCAAGAUUGGUUACCACCUUCUAUACUACUUAAAAGCCAGCAAAGCUGCAGCAGGGAAGAUGAACCUGUAUGAGUCCUUUGCCCAGGCCACGCAGCUGGGGGACCUGCACACGUGCCUGAUGAUGGACAUGAAGGCCUGCCAGGAAGACGAUGUACGGCUGCUCUGCUACCUCACCCCCUCCAUUUACACCGAGUUCCCAGAUGAGACCCUACGAAGCGGCGAGCUGCUGAACAUGAUUGUAGCUGUCAUAGACUCAGCCCAGUUGCAGGAGCUGGUGUGCCACGUGAUGAUGGGCAACCUGGUGAUGUUCCGAAAAGACUCGGUGCUCAACAUCCUGAUUCAAAGCCUGGACUGGGAGACCUUUGAGCAGUACUGCACCUGGCAGCUCUUCCUUGCACACAGCAUUCCUCUGGAGACCAUCAUCCCCAUCCUGCAGCACCUCAAAUACAAAGAGCACCCGGAGGCACUGUCCUGCCUGCUGCUGCAGCUGAGGCGAGAGAAGCCCAGCGAGGAAAUGGUGAAGAUGGUGCUGAGCCGGCCGUGCCAUCCCGAUGACCAGUUCACCACGAGCAUCCUGCGGCACUGGUGCAUCAAACACGAUGACCUCUUGGCUGAGCACAUCAAAUCGCUGCUGAUCAAGAACAACAGCCUACCACGAAAACGCCAAAGCCUGCGCAGCUCCAGCAGCAAACUGGCCCAGCUGACCCUGGAGCAGAUCCUGGAGCACCUGGACAACCUCCGCCUCAACCUGACCAACACCAAACAGAACUUUUUCAGCCAAACCCCGAUCCUGCAGGCCCUGCAGCACGUCCAGGCCAGCUGCGACGAAGCCCACAAGAUGAAGUUCAGUGACCUCUUCUCCCUGGCAGAGGAGUAUGAAGACUCCUCCACCAAACCCCCAAAGAGCCGCCGAAAAGCCACGCUGUCGAGCCCCCGGAGCCGGAAGAACGCGGCGCAGCCCCCCAACAACGAGGAGGAGUCGGCCUCCAGCAGCGCCUCGGAGGAAGAAGACACCAAGCCCAAACCCACCAAGCGGAAAAGGAAAGGCUCCUCGGCCGUGGGCUCGGACAGUGACUGAGGGCAGAGGCCCCCCGGCCCCGCGCCCAGCCGCGGCAGCGCUCGGGGUCCUGGCGCAGCCGCAGCAGCGGCUCUGCAGCCGCUGGACACAAGCCAUCGCCAGGAAGGACCCGAGAGCCUGCGUCCCCUCUGCGUCUCCAUCCGGGCCGCCCCGCUCCCCGCCGCGGGCACCGCGCUUCCGCGCCCGCCUCUCCCGCCUUGACUUUUUAGCUCCUUUCUUGCAGCUGGGGGUCGGAGCGGGCAUCCUCGGGGCCCCGGCCUGCGGCAGCUCUCGCCCUGCUCCAGGGCGCGUGGACGGAUGUCCCCAGGAGGGGACGCAGCGGCUGCCAGGGCCCGGGCGCUGGCAGGGGACUCGGGGCGGGAAGCCCCUGGCUGUAUAUCACAUGCCUCCUAUUUUCAUAUAAGAAAUGUAAAUAAACAGUGCGAACCAGCUUGCUGCUCGGGGCUGCUUUGGGGAGGGGGGCCAAGGCGCUAGCACCCUGCUCAUGGUGUCGGGGGGGUCGCGGCACCCUCCACGGCGCCUCGGAGCAGAGACCUGGGGACGUCCCGAUGCCUCGGCCGGGGCUGUGCCACACGCCGGACCAUAGCACCGAGCCCGGAGCUGGGUCCUGCCUCCGGCGAGGGGCCACCGCUGCCCGGGUGGGGGCUGCGCUCGGCCCCAGGGCUGGGGCGGCAGCCGGUGCAGCGGCUCCGGUGUGGCCCUACCUGCUCCGGGGCUCCUCGUGCGCCCGAGCAGGCGGAGAUGCUUUUACUUUUUACCCCCAGAGAUACUAGCGUUUUUAAGCGUUUUUAAAAAAAUAAAAACUCUCAAACGUUUUGUACAAAG